AUGAGCACAGAUCCGGUGCCGUCGCUGGCGCUACCGGCGCCAGCCACAUCAGCGGCCACAGCAACAUCACUCACGCAGUCUGCAGCACUUCCAACUCCAGAACAGGCGCCAUCAACAACAUCACAAAAACUUCUUCCAUCCGUCGCACCGCAGUCAAUUCCAUCACAGCAGCAACCGCCGCCGCAGCAUGUAACGGCAAAUCAUCCAGCAUCCAUCGCAGCCGCAGCCACCGUCGCCCUGUCUGCUACUCUGCUCAAUCCGAACGAGUGGAAUGCGCUGGCGUCUACUAGCAUGGUCACUCUGGACGACCUACGGUCCGCUUUCCUUGAGCAACGGCAACAGCAGCUGAAAGAUAUGGAAAGAACGCAUCGUGAAAGUCUGCGCGAGCUGCUCUUCAUGUCAGAGACAUUCGACAAGGAGGAGAUCGCGGGGAGUCCAUGGAAGCUCGGCCAGACUCUGCAGGUGUCAGAAGACGACGCACGUGAGCAUGUCAAAUCCUUUCUCGACCAACAUCACCUGGCGCUCGACAUGAAGAAGUCCAUCAAGGAUCAUGUUUUGGAACAACCCAAAUUGAUCCGUCAGCGUGUUUCGCAAGAGCUCAAGACCGGUCCAAUAGAAGUCGCUCCUCCUCCAACGCCUACGAGCGCAACACCAGCCGGCGAGGUGCAACGCGAUCGCGACCUCAGGAGAGAAGUGGAGCAGAGCAAUCUGCACCGUAGUCAGGCGGUUGCCCGGGCUGCUGCUGCAGUUCAAGCGCGCGCGAUUGCUGAAGGCGUCGCCAAGAUUAAGCCGCUCACCAUCACUGCUGCAGAGACCCAAGGCGUGCGCGUAGCUCCGCUUCAGCCUGGUCAGGUGCCAAGCUUUGUCAUCGAAUCAUCCACGCCGAUCCCACCCAUCCUUUCCGGCAUUGACUCCUCCGCAACAGGCUCGGUCGAUGCGAACACUCAGAAUUUGGAUGUACAAGCUGCCAUUCCAGCUGUUCAGACAUCUACACCUACAAUCAAAGUCGAGUCCACCGACACUCGCGACGCAUCCCCAUCGAAAUCGUCCAGCGCGCUCGAGAGAGCGGUUUCACCGGUGCCUGGUCUCGCACGCAAUGCUUCGUCCCAGUCAACGAGUCUGCGAGUACCACCUUCGCCCAUGGUCGUACCGACCGUUCCCGAAAACAUCGUAGCGCCUCCACUCCACCCGACCUUGCAGGUUUUAGCCCCGAAUCCACUCUCUGUCACGUACGCUGCAUCCUUGCGACCUCUGCCUCCCGACCCGACCCGACGUAUCACCGGCGCCGGUGUAUCGGGCGGCGCUAUCCAUCACCGCAGCGGCAGAAAGCUAGCGAGCUCUCUGAGCCACUCCAACGCCAACUCGUACUCCAGCAUCGCCGCUGCCAAGAUCGGACCCGCAGGUUCCGGUCAGACAGAUCUCUACCGAUGGUAUGUUCGCGCUCGAGCAUCGCCGGGCGCAGGAAUGGUUGGCAAGGCGGACAAGUGUCUGAUGACGAGCGACUGGAAGGUGGCCUUCAACGAGCAGCGCUUCGUUCGCGCUAUGGCAAGAAUCGAAAAGCUCAAAGCGCAGGGCGAAUGGAGUUUCCGUCAGCCCAAGAAGCAGAAGGGCCCUGUCGUCAGGAAGUCGCAUUGGGAUCAUCUGCUGGAAGAGAUGAAGUGGUUGCAGACCGACUUUAGGGAGGAAAGACGGUGGAAGAUGACCGUGGCGUUCCAUCUCGCCCACGAAGUUGCUGCAUGGCAUCGUGCCCGUUCGGCCGCCGAACGAGCCGCUUUCUGUGUGUCGGUGCAGAGGCCCUACCGUCGCAGGACCGUCUCGGAGAAUGUUGAGCAGCGCGCUACGGAGGAGGCCGUCGACGAUGUCGAGAUGCCUGAUUCCACGUCCAGCACACAAGUGGAGAGCAACGCGGAUGCUACCAUAAAGGACGCCGAGUCUGUCCAGCCCGCUCGGGAUGCCGAUGUCACGAUGGACGGAGCGGAAGAAGCCGACGAAGCCGUCAGUCAGGCUAUUGAAAAUGCUCUCGAGACCACAGAUCAGGCAGCCGACGCUCGCCUCGAGAUGGACGCAGACAGACAAGAUGACGAGGCGGACGCAGAUGCAGACGAUGUGGAGGCGGCGACGGCUGCGCUCGUCUCGGGAGAGCCAGCAAAGCCACCUGUCGUCCAAGUUGUCCGGGAACCAUUGCCUCAGCCAGAACCUAUGCCUGCUCUCAGCGCUGCUCCCGUGUCGAUAGAGAAGCAGUCGACGUCUGCACUGCCAGCUCACACCGAAGGCACCGCUGCCGACGACGGCAAGCUCGCCAACGCCCUGCGGAGCGAGCCGCAAGAUGCAGACUCGACACUUACCGCUGAAUUGCCGCCGCAGCUACUCGCUACGCUAAGAGCCCCCAUCUUCAGCACUAGCGUCACCACCACGAUUGUGUCGCCAGCUGCACUUCUCGAAUCACUGGAUCCAGAAGCUGCAGCCGCUCUCUUGGGCAUUGAGGUCGGCGAUCUCUCCAAUGCUGCGGACCUGCUCGAGCCUGGCUCGCUGUCUUUCAGCAAGAUGUUCCCGGAACUGCCUCUGUACGGGGGUGUUUCUCUGCCCGACUCUAACAGCAAAAGCGACAGGCGCUGGGACGAGGGAAGUCUGAACCAGCCACCACGUCUCACACACGUCACCAAGCUUCUCGAUUCGCGCCCGCUCCUCGUCAGCACGCUGGAGCCUUCCAAGAACCGCGCUAAUGGCCGAUGGCUUCCAGACAGCGACUGGAUUGUAGCCGCUGAGCAGUCGGAUCCGCUGCGAGGAGUCGCAGAUGGCACCGAUGCGGGAUUACCGCCUUUGCCAGGCUCUUUGCUCUUUGCACGCAAAAGCAACCGAGCCGCUAAGGAUGCUAGUGGCCCCGUCUCCACGACGCCUGCCGAGCCGACCCAGUCAGACGCUCGGGCAGCCUUGUUCAUGUGGACUUCGGACGAGGACAAUUAUCUGAUGACGCUGGCGAAGCAGUAUCACAACAACUGGGCACUCGUCGCUGACCUCUUCAACUCGACUCGACUGAAUACGGCAACCGACACGCGAGAGCCUUGGGACUGCUAUGAUCGAUGCAAGCGCAUCGAGCAGGCAGCUGCAGAAGGCAAGCCACCUCCCGGACCGCCUCCCAUGCCUGCGCCGGCAGCCGACGCAGACAAGGACGGCAAGAAGGGCGAUGGCAAGGACGGCGAUGCUUCCAACGGUAAACGUGACAAGCUCAGCAAGAAGAUGGGCUCCAAGUACGAUGGCUCCAAGAGGAAGCAGCGACGAAGCAACUUGAUGGAGGUGAUGCGCAAGUCUGCCAAGCGGCGCGAGGCUAGCAAGCAGGCACAGCAGACGCAGCAGACCAAGAAGGUGAACCUCAACACGCACGAGACGCAUGCUCAGAUCAAAGCUGGACCUGCCAUCACGCCGCAGUCGCUGAGCGCGCUCAAGAACGAGCGUGACCAGGCUGCCCUUCGACAGUUUUACGAGCAGCAGCGAGCUCAGAUGGCCUACCAGCAGCAACAGCAGCAGCAGCAGAGACUAUUGGCUCAGCAGGCGCAAGCUCAGCGAAUGGCACAGCAGCAAGCGGGCGCAAGCACCCCAGGGCAAGCGGCUGCGCCGGCUGCACAGGCUGGCAAGCCGGGGGCAGCUGCCGCCGCCGGAGCUGCGAAUCUGACUCUGCCGAUCGGCAGCACAUCUGCUGCUCUUCCCGGAGCCACUGCACAAGCACAGCAAAACAACGUAGCAGGCGCAGCGAGCCAGCAGGGCGUUCAGCAAACACCGCAGCAGCAAGCGCAACAACCAGCAGCAGCCCAAAUGCAAGCGCAACAGUCGCAGCAACAACCCACGCAACAGCAGCAGCAACAAGUGCAGGCGCAACUUCAAUCGCAAUUGCAAGCAUCGCAAGCCGCUCAAAUGCAAACGCUCUACGCGCAGAUCCAACAGCAACAGCAACAGCAGCAGCAACGACAGCAGACACAACAGCUCAACCAAGCAGCCAACCUGCCUCAGGUUCGGCCGGCGGUGGGACCGCUGACGCAGCAGCAGUUGGCGACGUUGACGCCGCAACAGCAGCAGCAGUACCACGCGCAACUGGCAGCGGCUACUGCAGCGGCGGCGCAGCAGCAGCAGCUUCGGAACCAGAUGGCAGCGGUUGCGGCUGCGCAGCAGGGGGGACAGAUUCCGAUGAACCAGUUUCAGCUGAUGCAGCAGCAGCAACAGCAGCAGCAGGGUCGACCGAUGCAGAAUUCCCAGCAGCAGCAGCAGCAGCAGCAGCAGCAGGCGGCGGCGGCACUGCAGAUGUAUCAGCAGCAGCAGAGGCAGGCUGCGCAGGUUCAGGCGCAGGCGCAGAUGAGGGCUCCCAAUGCUGCACAAGCGCAACAGUUUGCAGCGAGACCGGGUGGUACACCGCGACCUGCUAGUGUUCCUGAAACACGAGACGAUCUCCGAAAAGAGCCACCCCCAUCUGAUGUAGACGCCGUCAGACAGCGGUCACUGGAAGCCGGUCGAGCAGCAGCUGAUGGAAACGCAGAGUCGAGAUCGAAGAAGAAGAGCAAGAUGGCCAUUUUUCGAAAAACGCACCAUUACGGCGACGGUCGCUUUCCUCAUCUUGGUCGCAGCUAUGCAUCACGCACCAUCCCCCGGAGAUCGGCGGAGUCUUCGACCUUUUUGCCCGAGAGCCGAGACGACGAAGACCCCAAUGCCUCUCCAUUCUUGCGCCUCGAUUACAUGCGCGAAGAAGGGUUGGAACCAUCCCAGCAGAGUCUGAUCGCCAAGCUCUCUGAUGAAGAUAUCGCUCGCCUGCCCAUCGUCAUCAGCAGCCGGAAAAAGUGGAGACCCGCCGAGCCCGGCUUUACCCUUCCUCGUCGCCAAAGACACAUCAGCGCCGACGAAGAUGCGCUGUCGGCUUCCGAGGUCGGCGAGUAUCUAUACAACACCUUCCACUUCCCGACCAAGCACCACUUGAAGAGGUUCCACCGCGAACUCGGCCACUUGCUGCACGGCAAAGCAAAAGGCGUCGAUCCCAUCGUACUCCUCGACUCGCGCUCAGUGUCAGUUGCCAUCGGACUGCCUACACAUAUCGGUCUGGAACCUCCGUUCCCAGCCAAGCAGAACAUCGACGUGAUCAUGAACCUCUUGAACGAAUACCGAUCCGGUCAAGCGUCCGAAGAGGAGCGACACCGGGCCCUGCAAAAGCUUCGAACAUAUGUCGUGGCGCACGGCUUCCGAAGACAAAAUCACCAAGUCAUGUUCCUCAUCUUUUCGCUGUUUGCAGCAGUGAGGAACGCGUCGGUUACAGAGGUCAACAGCGCGAGCACCCAAUUCGCUAUCUCGGCCAUGCCUCCAGCUCGCGACGGCAAGGUCGAAGAUAACGUGCCGGUCGAUGUGGGCUCAGAAAAGACCCGCGGUGUUGCGCAGAGAGCUUCGGGCACGUGGCAGAAAGAACGCAGGAGAGAUGGCAAGAGAGACAAGGCUCCGGCGAAAAGUAAAUCGCCCACAUCAGGCCUAGCUGACAGACUGAGGCCAGACGAUCCAAGGCUGCCCGAAGCGGGAACCUUUGUGGCGCAGGAUGGCGGCGCGCACAGUUCCAGCGAUGGCGUCGACGGCCUGCAGGAGCACGUGCCGUUCCCGACGCCGACAGCCAAAGAGAUGGGCAUCAAGAAGCCAAGCGAGACAAGUGCAUCCAGUCCUGACGACCCGAAGCUGCCUGAAGCUGGCACCUUUGUAGCGCCGGACGGAGACGCGCAUAAGCCAAGCAAGGGUGUCGACGACCUGCAGGAGCAUGUGCCAUUCCCAAAACCUUCGGCAGACGAAAUGGGCAUCAAGAAGCCGACCGAGACCUGA